UGCUGAUCAUGUGUGGUCUCUGCCUUCACUACAGUACUGACUAAUCUAUCUAAUCCUCUUUGGAUAACUCUCUUGUUUUGUUUGUUUUUGUUAUAUAUGGAUGAGUUUUUGUAUGGUUUUGAUCACUUCAACUUCAAACAACUCCACAGAUUGGAAAGUCUUUUACCUUUGACAGUGAUCAUGCUAGCUAAUAAAACACUUCUUUUAGAGAGCUGAAUCCUAUAAAGUUUUGAACAGUAAAUUAUCAUUUUCAUGGAUUGUUUUUCGCUUCAACAUCAUCCAUUGGUUCCUCAUAAAUUCAUUAAUUCUGUCAGCUGCAACAACCGCUACUUUGUGGCGCCUUGGAGUUUAGUACCAAUCAAGACAAACUCUUGGUGUAGAGAAGUUGGGUUCACAGGGAGUGUAUUUGAUGAAAGUUCUCUGAAGAAGGAAAAUCAAAAUGGAUCCCUUCCUUUUAAGACUUUAAAGGCAGAAAUCACUCAAGAAACUGUUGAUUUCUUUGUUAGUGAUGCAGAAGGUGAUCCCGACUGCCCAACAGAUGGGUUUUCUCCCAUUGAUCAGGCACUCGUCGCGUUACGCCAAGGGAAGUUUGUAAUUGCUGUAGAUGAUGAAAAUGAGGGAACUGAAGGAGAUCUUAUCAUGGCAGCGUCUCUAAUAAACACUCAAUCCAUAAGAUUUAUGGUUAAACAUGGGUCAGGGAUCAUAUCUGUAGGCAUGAAAGAAGACGAUCUUGAAAGGCUAAAUCUUCCUUUGAUGUCAUCUUUUGGCGAAGACGAGGAUUCUGCUGCCCCAAGUUUUACAAUCACAGUGGAUGCAAAAGUUGGUGUAUCGAGUGGAGUUUCAGCUUCAGACAGGGCGACAACUGUGCUUGCACUUUCAUCUCCUAAUUCUAAAGCUGAAGAUUUUAGAAAGCCAGGGCACGUGUUUCCGCUCAAGUAUAGAAAUGGAGGGGUUCUAAGUAGAGCAGGCCAUACAGAAGCUUCGGUAGAUUUGGUUGGGCUGGCUGGGUUCCGACAUGUAUCUGUUCUUUCUGCCAUCAUUGAUGCUGAUGAUGGUUCCAUGGCCCGCUUGCCAUAUUUAAGGAAAUUGGCAGCGGAAUAUGGUUUACCAAUCAUAUUGAUUACUGACUUGAUCCGGUAUAGAAGGAAGAGAGAGAAAUUGGUGGAAAGAACUGGUGUAUCCCGUUUACCAACUAAAUGGGGUCUAUUCGAGGCUUACUGUUAUCGUUCAAAGUUAGAUGGAAUGGAGCAUGUGGCUGUCGUAAAGGGAAGUAUAGAAAAUGGGGAAGAUGUUCUUGUAAGGGUUCAUUCGGAGUGCUUAACCGGGGAUAUAUUUGGAUCAGCCAGGUGUGAUUGUGGAAACCAGUUAUCUUUGGCAAUGGAAAUCAUCGAGCAGGCUGGCCGCGGAGUGAUGAUUUAUUUACGUGGCCAUGAAGGCAGAGGAAUUGGUUUAGGUCACAAACUUCAGGCCUACAAUUUGCAGGACCAAGGGCAUGAUACUGUUGAAGCUAACUUGGAACUUGGGUUCGCAGCCGAUGCUCGUGACUACGGAAUAGGAGCCCAGAUGCUAAGGGACAUUGGAGUUCGAACCAUGCGAUUAAUGACCAAUAAUCCAGCCAAAUUUACUGGUCUAAAAGGCUACGGUUUAGCUGUGGUGGAGCGAGUUCCAGUAAUCACACCUAUAACCGAAGAAAACAAAAGAUACUUGGAAACUAAACGUACCAAGAUGGGUCACAUUUAUGCAUCUGAUUUGUCUGGAGCAUUAGCCAGUUUUCGUGACCCUGAUAGAAAUGUGACAGACCAGGAUCAACAAGACAAUGAGAUAUAGUCACAUAGUGCAUUGUAAAUUGAUGAGGCAAUCUCAUAAAAAAGAGUUAAAAUUUUACAGAUUCAUUUUUGUCGAAUUGUACUUGGACCACACUUAUCUAUUCAGUUAAUGCAACUGUCAAACUUAGAUUCUA